AUGGAACUAGCAGAGGGCGAGCUCGCCAGGUUGCUGGAGGAGACCCUGGCGAAUUGCCUGGGUUACACAGCUCCUCGCGAGGUUCUUCGCACGAGACGUGCCUCCCAAGCUGUGCUAGCACGUGUGGAAGAGUGCCUCCCCGGGCUUCCGACUCAGGCAUUGGACCGCGACGGCACGACGCUGCUCCAUCUGUCUGCCGGUUUGGGCAUCACAGAGCUGACGCAGCGUGUGCUCGAACGCCGGUCAGAUGUUUCGAGCCUUCACCGUCAAUUUGGGACUCCGCUACACUUGGCAGCGGAAAGAGGUCACGAAAAUGUGGCCCGUUUGCUGUUGGCCGAGAAGGCCGAUGCGCAGCAGGCUUUUGCAAAAACGGAAAUCACAGCACUGCACGUGGCAGCGGCGCGUGGCCAUGUACCGGUUCUGCAUACUCUGAUUGAAGCAGGGGCCGAUGUUAACAAAGCAAAUGCUGCGGGAGCGACCCCUUUGCACUGUGCUGUUGCCAAGGGGCAUGUUGAGGCCAUUACAGCUUUGCUCCAAAGCAACGCAGAUACUAACAGUAUCUGUCAUGAUGGCAAAAGCCCCUUGCAUUUUGCGGCGUAUCAGAGUCUCGUCGAGCCACUACAGGUUUUACUUGCGGCACAUGCAUCCGUCAACAAUACGGAUGCAGCUGGCUACACGCCACUAAUCUUCGCCUCGCGCGAAGGACACAAAGAGGUUGUGGAAUUCUUGCUGGACAGCAUGGCGGACGCGAAUAUCUUGAGUUCAGACUCUGAGGGCCCUUUGCAUGCAGCCGCAGAUCGAGGCCACUCAGGCAUUGUAGUGCUGCUUCUGUCGAGACAAGCGGACGUAGAAGCAAGAAACGGUGAUGGCUUGACAGCAUUGGACAUGGUUGCAAUCGACGAUAAUCCUGCCAUCGCUGAGCUGUUGAUCGGCAGCGGCGACCCAUUCCCAGACAAAGAGCUCUUUUCGCAAAUGCUGGCAUCCCUGCUGCGCAAGGACAUGAAUCCUGCCAUGUGGCAACACAUCAACAUUCUGAAGAUUGAGCGCGUGGAGACCGGAAUGCAGGAGGACGGCAGUGCGGAGCCGUACUAUAAGGCAUUGCAGCGUGGCGUGGAGAAUCAAGGUGUGCCGUUCGUACCAGGAUUGCACACGCGCUGGGUUUUCCAUGGCUCCAGCGCAGUGGAUUCCAUCGUCUCCAAUCCCAUCUCAGGCUUCCAGCCGCUGAUGUCUGGAACUCGAGGAAAUGCCCUCUGGGGUUCCGGUACAUACUUUGCUCGCGAUGCCAAGUAUGUUUAUGAUGGUGGCUUCUGCAGUCCCGGAGUGGAUGGAAGCAGGCAGAUAUUGCUUUGCUUGCUCAUGAAUGGAUUCGUUUGCCUCGGAGAUUCGGAGCACAAGGGCGUGCUCCCGUUCCGUCAAGGUCGUCACCGGUACAAUGCGUCAGUCGAUAGCCUCUCUAAUCCAGAGAUUUUCGUGACGCAGUCGCCCGGUGCCGCAUAUCCUGCUUACGUCAUUACAUUUUCCUAG